AAAAUGUCACUAACACGGAUUUCGGUAGUGGGGCUAAGCCAACUACGCAAACCGGCAAGUGUCGUUAUUAAACGUGCAGCGGCAACUGCAAUUUCAAAAAGAAGUCUAAGUGUCAAGAUGUACAUAGCUGAAGAGAGAGGAUCACCUUAUGCUCCGGAUUACCGGGUCUAUUUCAAGGACGAGAGCGGGCCCAUCUCGCCGCUGCAUGACAUAGCGCUGUGGGCGGACCGCGGCAAGCGCCUCGCGCACAUGGUGGUGGAGGUGCCGCGCUGGACCAACGCCAAGAUGGAGAUCAGCCUCGGCGAGCCGCUCAACCCCAUCAAGCAGGACGUGAAAAAGGGCGCAAUGCGCUUCGUGGCCAACGUCUUCCCGCACCACGGCUACAUCUGGAACUACGGCGCGCUGCCGCAGACCUGGGAGAACCCGAAGCAUGUGGAUGAGGCUACGCAGGCGCGCGGGGACAACGAUCCCAUCGACGUCAUUGAGAUCGGAGAGCGAGUGGCGGCGCGGGGCGACGUGAUCACUGUGAAGAUCCUCGGGACGUUAGCGCUCAUCGAUGAGGGCGAGACGGACUGGAAGCUCAUCGCUAUAGACGUUCGCGACCCCGCGGCCGAGCGUCUCAGCGACGUGGGCGACGUGGAGCGAGAGUUCCCGGGCCUGCUGCGCGCCACCGUGGAGUGGUUCCGCCUCUACAAAGUGCCCGACGGCAAGCCGGUGAACCAGUUCGCGUUCGACGGCGAGGCCAAGGACGCCGCCUUCGCGCACAAGAUCGUCGACGAAGUGCACGAGUUCUGGAAGAGCCUCGUAGCCGGCGACGUCGACGACGCGACCGACAUCUGCAAGAUGAACGUGUCGGUGCAGCACAGCGCGGCGCGCGUGGAGCGCUCGGAGGCGGCGCGCGUGCUGGCCGGCGCGCCGCCCGCCGCCGCGCCGCAGCCGCUGCCGCGCGCCGUGGACAAGUGGCACUACGUGUCGAACCUCUAGGCGCAGCGAGACGAAGGCGAACGAUGAGAUCCAUAGACUAAUUAAACGUGCAUCUGCUACUGACACUUUCCGUACCUACCUUAUGUCAGGCGUAAGCCUCGAGUGGAGUGGACGUGUAUUGUUCGUUAAUCGAACGGACAUUAUGAUUUUGUUGUUAACUUAUUAUGUUAGUGCGUAAGAGUACUAUUGUGUAAAUUAUAAAUAUAUCUAUUUUUAAUAA